CCCUUUACUAGAGAGUUUUCUAAAAUAGAGAGCCUGUUCAGAAGAGAGUAGAAGGCUUUCAACUAUAAUUAAGGGAGACAAAAUGAUCAAGUUGAGGUCAAAAGGGUUCUGCAUUGGAAGUUUUAAGCUCGGUUGCGGUGGCAGCAAUAGUAGCAACAAUAUCAAAGCAGCAUCAACUGUAACUAGCAGUCCAAAGGAGUAUGGAGGCAUUAGUGAAAUCAAAUGGGAACUUAGGCCUGGUGGAAUGCUUGUUCAAAAGAGAGAAAGUGGAGACAGUGUAGGGGAAGCCACCAUCACUCUCAGAGUCUCAAAUGUUUCUAAGUGGCAUGAUAUUUCCAUUGAAGCAACCUCAACUUUCGGAGAACUGAAGAUGAUACUGUCACUGGUAACAUGCUUGGAACCAAGAGAGCAAAGGCUGUUGUUCAAAGGGAAAGAGAGAGAAGACAAUGAAUAUUUACACAUGGUUGGUGUUAGAGACAAGGACAAGGUGCUGCUGCUACAAGAUCCAGCUAUCAAGGAGAUGAAGCUGCAUGGACUGAGAGGAAGAAGCCAACCCAUGGAGACUGCUUAUACGACAGUAAGUGUAUAAUUAACACUAAUUAAAAAAACCCUCAUUGGUUCAUCUUCGCUAACCACCAAAUGAAGUUGCCAAAAAUAUUGUGGGGAAGGGAUUCUUCUUGUUCACUAGUAAUUAGUUUAGGAUUUAUUUAAUUUAAGUUGUGUUAUUAAUUAAUGUGAGGGGGCAAUUUAUUAUGUGUAAGCUAAUGCAAUUCCUAGUCAUUUUGCUUAGUUUACUAUGUUUAUAAAAAUGUUGAUUCCUGAUCAUGUAAUGAAAAUUAAUUAAUGUCCUAAUCAAUGUUGAA